AUCUCCAAACAUCUCUUCCAAUAUAAACACUACCUACCCACCCAUGCGCAAUGGAUAUCCUGGUUAUGGAUCUGACGAGAGCCAGUCGAGCCCCGGCCAUCCAGGAGAUCAGACGUGUAACAGCACCAUCAUGGCCGCCAGCGCGUUACUGUUCAUCGUGUGCCUGGGGUCUGCCCACGCGUGGGGCGGGCUGUUCAACCGCUUCAGCUCCGACAUGCUGGCCAACAUGGGCUACGGGCGGUCCCCUUAUCGCCACUACGCUUAUGGGCAGGUCGAACCUGAAGAGAUCUACGCCGCCGAGGCACUGGAAGGCAACCGCAUAGAGGAUGCUGACGACACCCACUGUUUCAGCGCACCCUGUAUGAGCAAUGGUGACUGCUGCCGCGGACUCAUGUGCUUGGAGACAGAAGACGGAGGGCGUUGUCUUCCCGCCUUCACUGGACGGAAAAUGGGUGAAAUGUGCAACAGAGAGAACCAAUGUGAUGCUGGGCUGGUCUGCGAGGAGGUGGUUCCAGGGGAGAUGCACGUUUGCCGCCCACCAUCAAUUGGACACAAGCAAUACAACGAUGACUGCACGACAUCUAGUGAGUGCGACAUCACCCGCGGACUCUGCUGCAUCAUGCAACGCAGACAUCGCCAAAAGCCCAGGAAGAGCUGUGGUUACUUCAAGGAGCCGCUCGUCUGCAUCGGCCCCGUCGCAACAGACCAGAUCAGAGAGAUCGUCCAACACACGGCCGGAGAGAAGAGGAUCGGAGUGUAUACGAUGCAUUAAAACUCUUACUAUAUACGGCUAGAGCAGACUUGCGACUUGUAGUCGCGCGACACGACGACUUCUGUCUUAAACUUAUCUUUGGAUUCUUUA